CUCACAUUGUUGCACUGCAAGGUGCAAAAGCUUUCGAUACGGAAGUAAAACAACAUGAAGCUAACAUUGGUGGUGUGUCUAAUCGUGGCUAUCCUGGUCUGCGUUAUGAUCCAGGAAUCCGAAUCGCGUCGGCAUCAUCACCACGAUCCUCAUGGACAUGGCGGUCAUGGAUGCGGAAAUAGAACAACAACUGCUACAACACAGACAACGACAGCUGCAACACGGUCAAGAAACUCAAUCGCAGAAGGUAGAAGGAAGCGUGAAAUUAUGGAUACUCCGCUUUUGUUAGCAUUGAAUAAGGAACAUAUAUUGCAAUGGCCUCGUCGCCAACAUCAUGGACAUCAUGGACAUCAUGGACAUCAUGGUCAUGGCAAUAAAACAACUACUACUACUGCUGCUACUACUACUACUGCUGCUACUACUACUACUGCUGCUGCUACUACUUCUACACAGGCAACAAACUCAAACUAAAUGUAACACAGCCAACAAACUCAAUUACAGCAUAGAAAGAAACGUGAAAUUAUGCCUGCUCCGCUUUCGUCAGCAUUAACAUAAUAAGCACGAGGAAACAGGAAUCAAGUCCCCAAACUGGUGAAGGAUAAAGCAAUGCUAAAGUGCAGAAAUUUUAUUGUAAUAUAUACUAUAUGUUAUGGGUUUGCCGAAUUAAAGAGGCAAAUUAAUAUAUUCUGGAAUUAUAGUGUGUGAAAAAAAUA